AUGCGCGCCUUGUCAGUGCUCUCGAACGAGCUGGGGCUACACCACAUCCGCGACUCGCACUCGCCUCGCGACGUCGCCCUCAUCAUCUCGUCUCGCUUCGUCCGACUUCUCGGCUUUGGCGCCGUCGCCCCAAUCCUCCUCAUCCACCUGCGCGCACUCGACAUCCCGGAGCGCGCGGUCGGCUUCUUCCUCACGGCAACCCUCCUCGGCGAUGUCGUCCUGUCUUUGUGCGUCACGCAGUCGGCCGACGCUGUUGGCCGACGCAGAAUGCUGGCGGUCGGGUCCACCCUCAUGUGCGCGUCCGGCAUCGCCUUCUACCUCUCGUCGACUUUCACGGUCCUCCUCGUCGCGGCAAUCGUGGGCGUCAUCUCGACGACGGGCAACGAGACGGGGCCGUUCGCGGCGCUUGAGGAGGCAAUGCUCUGUCAGCUCACCGAGCAAGACGGGCGAGUCUCGCUCCUUUCAUGGUACCAGGUCGUCGGCUACGCCGGCAUGGGGACAGGCAGCGUCCUCACGAGCAUCAUCGUGUCGAGCCUCACUCGAGCGGGCCAACCUGCCGCCGUCGCCUACAAGGCCAUCUUCCUCCUGUACGCCAUCGCGGCCGCCGUCAAGAUCGUGCUGUCACUCGCGUUGAGCGCACACGCCGAGCUCGACCAUCCGCCUGCACCGCCCAAGGCGUCGUCGGCCCCGCCGACCGGGGGCGACCGCGAGCGGCAACCGCUUCUGCAGCACCAAACGGCCGGCUCGACCGCCUCGGCCGUCCUCGACCCGCCAGAAGAUGUCGCCCCUGUGCCUGCACGCGUCCCGAUCGCCCGCCUCACCAUCCUCUGCGCCAUCUUCUCGCUCGACGCGUUUGCCUCGUCCCUCGGGCCGGGCUCCUUCAUCGCCUACUUCCUGCGCGAGACGUUCGCCGCUCCUGUCGCCCUCAUCGCGUCCAUCUUCUCGGUCACGUCGGUCGUGACCUGCGUGUCGCAGCUCGCGGCGCCCUCGAUCGCUAAGCGGCUCGGUAUCGUCACGACUAUGGUCACGACCCAUAUCCCGGCGCAGCUCUUCACGAUCGCGCUCGGGCUCGCGCCAACCUUGCCACUCGCCCUCACCUUCCUUCUCGCCCGGGCCUGCAUCGCCUCGAUGGACGCCUCGGUUCGAGGCGCUUUCCUCGCUGCCGUCGUGCCCAAAGCGUCUCGCACCAAGUUCCUCGGCAUCGUGAACGUCUGCAAGACCCUCGCCUCAACCCCGGGCCCGACGCUCUCGCUCGGCCUCGCCAGCCUCGGGCACAUGCGCCUCGCCAUCAUGCUCAUGGGCGGGAUCAAGAUCAUCUACGACAUCGUCCUCCUCGCCCUCUUCAAGAGCGCGCCUCUCGAGCACUAGAUAGAUGAGGCGGCGGCGAAAUCAGUUGACGAGAGGAGAGCCGCCGUCCGUCCGAUCGGUCCGAGGAGACGGACAGAAGACCUCGUCCCGCACGCACCGCUUGCUCGGCGUCCUGCCCGCCUUCUCGGCCGCCUCGUCGUCUUCUCCGCUCCUCGG